UUCAGUCAUAUGCGGAAGAGAAAAAAAGAAACACGUAGAUAAGGAGAAGAGAUUAGUGGUUACCAGAGGAAAAGGGUGUGGGGGGAGGGUGAAAUGAGUAAAUGGGGUCAGUUGUACAGCGACAGAUGGAAAAUAGACUUUUGGUGGUGAGCAAGCUGUAGUAUAUACAGAUGUUGAAUUAUAAUGCCGUACACCUGAAACCGAUAUAAUGUUAUAAACCAAUGUCACCUCAAUAGAGAAAAGACUCUAAAAAUAAAAUAAGUAAAAUUUUUGUCAGAUAAUUCUAACAUCUGUGUCAUCUUGGUGUUUGUGUCUGUUGAUUAUCUUUUCUCAUUCAGUUAGAGAACUUCCUGGUUCUUCACAUGACAAGUGAUUUUCAACUGAAACCCGGACAUUUUGAGUAUUAUGUGAUAGGGCUGGAUCUUAUUUAAAUCAGUUCAUUCUCCCCUGACACUGCUCCAGUGAAGGGGGGGACCCCCUUCUUACUGCCAUAUGGGGGUAGAAGUCUAGCUUCUCCACCCAACCUCCCUUAACCCCUGGAGGGUGAAGGCUCCUUGUUAUUGCGGGGGGCGGCACAGGUCUGGUCCCCGUUAGCCAGCCACCAGCCGACCCUGGCUGGGAGGGGGAGGGGUGCUUCACCACUGCUCCCUGCAUGGCUUCCUGGCAGAGUCCACUGUAGGAGGCGUGCUUGUUACCACCGCGUGUGGUGCAGGUCCUCACUCCCGGCUGGACCUCUUCUCACAGCGCUCAAGUGAGGAGGGGUGGGACCUCUCAUCCCCGCUGGGUUGGGGUGGAUGUUCAGGCUCCCCCUGCCACUGUGGGGAGGAUGAGCCCACUGGCGAUGGAGAGCUCAGCUCCAUCCUGGGCCUCCUCUGGCACCACUCAGAUGGGGUGUGGGGGUCUGGCCUGGGGUUUUUCCUUACAGCCUGGCAAGGGUGAAGUCUAAGCACCCCAUUGGCCUUUGCUGCCGGGGUGGGAGGAAGCUGUGGGUUUUCCUGUGGUCUUGGGCUGGAGUAAAGCAGUUUUUGCCUGGUAUUUCUAGGCUGCCCCCUUCUUGGCUCUUUGAAGAGCGGGGUUUUGCUGGAACGUCUUCUUGUCUGUGCCCACGGGUAUGUCCAGCUGCCGGCUUCUCCACUGUUAGGUCUGGGAUACACGAGGCAAAGAGAAAACCCAGGGAACUCACAGCCAUAUCAUUCCUCAGCUCCCGAGGUCCCUAACCAGGGUGCCUUCUCUCCACCCUUCAGAGCCUUCUCAUGCUUGUUUUAUAAUGUCUGGGGUAUUUAGUUGUACUUAGCAGAAAAAAUAGGGAAAAGGACCUCUAGUCCAUCUUCUUGGAACGUCACUGCAUUUUGAAGUUGCUCUUCACUCUUUCCAUUUCCUUCUCAGUGAUUGGCAGGUGGUAAAGGGUGGUGAUGCCAGAGUGAAGACUGCUCAGAAGCUUCCCCAUCAUCUGCAGGAUUUGCAUGGCUUUGCGUGCUGUCUGUUUCUGGUCUCAAGACACUCACAGGCUAGAAGCCUGAUAAAAGUGGUGAGGGUUGAGUCGUGAGACUUCCCCGUUCAAUAACACUUCACAUGUUACCUUUCUCCUUCCUGAAUCGGUGUGUUCUUCCCUCAACCCCUGGGGUCUCUGAAGCCUCAGUGUCAGUGAUCAGAUUCCCCAACAAUCAUGCCCGUGCAGGGACAUGAACAUGAAUGAGAAUGACUGGAUGCUGUCGCUAAAGCGUAAAUCCUUUCGAGGUGGCUUGUGCCUUUUCAGCAGGCUGGCAGUUCUGAUCUGCUCAGCUUGAGUCAUUAGCAUUUCCUGAGAGCUGGAUCUAGCAGAAGCUGUGAAGGAGCCAGCUGUGAACCUAUCUGAUGGAGAAAUGCCAUACACAGAAACUGAAAACUGACCACAGAUCUCCGAGGGUUCCUUCCAACCCAACCCCAAGUCCACAGCGCCCUCAUUGCAUCUUCCCCACUCGCCAGAUCGCCCGUGCCUCUUGGCCGGCCCAGAGCCCCAGAGAGGCGGAGGCGGGGCCAAGCAGGGUGAAAUCAGUCACUGGAGACUUCUCUGUGCUUCCCCUUUCACUCUCAGAUGCCACUAGGGUCCCCGACGAGGGAAGACACGAGGAAACAGGCUCGAACCUAGACGCAACGCCAUGCAUCUCCUCGGCCCCUCGCUCCUGCUCCUCGAAUACUUGGCUUUCUCUGACUCAGUUCCGUGGGAAUUUGACCACCCCAACACUCUCUACACCUGGGAGGGGGCCUGCGUCUGGAUUCCCUGCACCUACAGAAUGCCAAAGAGUGGAAAGUACCUCGACGGCCUGAUCCUGUACCACAGUUAUAAGUAUGACGAAGUCAGCAAGGAGUACAGGGGGACCGUCCUCUAUAACAAGACGAACACCGAGGAGGCUCCCAAAGACAGGAGAGUAGAGUUCCUGGGAGACAACAGAUCCAACUGCACCUUCCGCAUCGACCCCGUGAAAGUCAAAGACAGCGGUCAGCUGGGGCUGAGGAUGAUAUCGGGGUCUGACAAAUGGAUGGAGGAAAUAGGCCUGAACGUCUCUGAGACGGCCCCUCCACCACGCAUCCAGCUCCCUCCCGAAAUCCAGGAGCUCGAGGAGGUCACUCUGACCUGCUCGCUGAAUUUCGCCUGCUUUGGGUACCAACUGCAGUGGUCCCUGAAGGGGCCUGUUGUCUCCUCGACCUCCCUGACCCCCAAGACUGUCUCCACGGAGAGCAAGCUCACAUACCAGCCGCAGUGGACUGACCACGGCAAGAAUCUGACCUGCCAGCUCUUGGAUCCUGACCAGCGGGUACUCUCGGAGGAAACCGUGCGGCUGGAUGUGAAGCACCCACCAAAGUUGAAGAUCGAGGUCAGUCCCAAAGAAGCCACUGUAACAAAGGGGGAGGAGGUGACCAUGACGUGCCAGAUCAUCAGCAGCAACCCAGAGUACCGGCAUAUAUCCUGGCUCAAGGAUGGGAUCUCACUGAGGCCGGAGGAGAUGUGGGGGGCGCAGGAGAAGCUCAAGCUAACUCUGUCCACAGUGACCAAGGAGAUGAGUGGAAAGUACCAGUGUGAGGCCCGCAAUGACAUAGGCUCAGGAAAGUCGGAAGAAGUGGACCUCCAAGUGCUUUAUGCUCCGGAACCUUCCAGGGUUCAGAUCCUCCCCUCACCAGCUAAGGAGGGAAAUUCAGUAGUGUUGACUUGUACAUCGCUGGCCAAUCCUCCUCCAACAAAUUACACCUGGUAUCACAAUGAGAUGGAGGUGCCAGGAAGGACAAAUAAGACCUUCCACAUCCCAGAGGUCCUCCUUGGGCAUGCUGGGACUUAUUCCUGUUUCGCAGAAAACAGACUUGGUCCUGGACAAGUUGGCCAGGAGGCAGAGUUGGACGUCCAGUAUCCCCCCAAGGAGGUAAUCACAGUGAUUCAAAACCCUGGGCCGAUUCGAGAAGGAGACGAAGUGACCCUGUCCUGUAUCUACAAUUCCAGUAACCCCGGGGUUACCGAGUACAUAUGGAACCCCCAGGGCACCCCGCAGAAGAGCUCAUCUCGGCUGCUGAAGAUUCCAAAGGUUGCCUGGGACACCAAGCCCAUCACCUGCUCGGCCUGUAACACGUGGUGUUCGCAGGGUCUGCCUGUCAACCUGGAUGUCCAGUAUGCCCCCAAAGAUGUCAAGGUCCUGCUGAUCAGCCCCGGUUCUGAGAUUUGCUCUGGGGACAAGGUCCACCUCCAAUGUCACUUCUCCAGUAGCCGCCCCACAGACGUCCACUUCUUCUGGAAGAAAAAUGGGAUCCUUCUGCAGGAAGGACGCGAACUGCGUUUUGAUGCCAUCUCUCCAGAAGACGCUGGAAGUUACAACUGCCUAGUCAAUAACUCCGUAGGGCAGAGCACGUCUGAGGCCUGGAUGCUCCAAGUGCUAUAUGCACCUAGGAGGCUGCGUGUGUCUGUUAGCCCAGCAGAUGGAGUGACGGAGGGGAAGAAGGUGGUCCUGACAUGUCAGAGCGAUGCCAACCCCCCAGUCUACGAGUACUCCUGGUUUGACUGGAAUAACCAAAGCCUCCACCGUUAUGAUCAGAUGCUGAGACUGGAUCCUGUGAAGGUCCAGCACUCAGGCACCUAUCGGUGCAGAGGGACCAACCGACUUGGGGUGGGCACGUCGCCCCCCAGCACCCUCACUGUCUACUAUAGCCCAGAGACCAUCAGCAGGCGCGCGGCCUUGGGAGUGGGGUUCUGCCUGGCCAUCCUCCUCCUGGUAAUAUGGGGAGUCAAGUUUCAACGGAGCUGGAAGAGGAUUCGGAGCCGGCAGGAGCUUCAGGAAAAUUCCAGUGGGCAGAGCUUCUUCGUGAGGAAUAAAAAGAUCAGGAGGGCCCCCCUCUCUGAAGGCCCCCACUCCCUGGGCUGCUACAACCCAGUGAUGGAAGAUGCCAUCAGCUACGCUGCCUUGCGCUUUCCCGUUGGCGAGACUGACACGCAGAGGACUGGAGACACAGAGCCCUCAGAGACACAGGGACUUUCCCUAAACAUGGACGACACGGUCACUUACUCUGUGGUGCAGAGGCGUCAUGUGGUAAGAUGGCAGGGCUGUGGGAGGAGGGAGAUGAGGGGCCUGGCCUCAGCUGUGAGUCCUGGAAGGGAAGGACUUGGGCGAACUCAGCAGUGGCAAAGGCUGAGGGGUAGGGCGGGUUGCUCAGGCCAAGGCGUGGUCAGAGCCGGGCAGGCACCUCCCCAUCUGAGACCCUGACCUCAGCCAGUUUCUGGACAAGAGGACUUCUGCUCGGGUUCUUGGCCCCUCAGGUGGAGUCAAGGAGAGAAAGGUCAGGGAAAGGGGACUGUGGGAGGCUGGUGGCCGUGAGGCCAAGCUUACCCACUGUGGCUUUCUCAGGGCGACUAUGAGAACGUGACUCCAGCUGUUCCGGAAGACGAGGGGAUACAUUACUCGGAGCUGGUUCACUUUGGGGUUGGGGAGCGGCCUCCAGCUGAGGAAGGAGUAGACUACGUGAUCCUUAAGCACUGAUGGCCAAAUCGGCUGAGGUGGGGGAGCCCAGGGGCUGCAGGGGCCAGGACAGGCCUGGGGCUUUCCCAGCCUCUGCUGUUCAGCCACAAAGCGCCAAGCCUUGCCCUCCACACACACACUCACACACACACUAUUACUGCAACACCAGUCGUGCGGAGAACUCUGUGCACGGGCCCGUGACAGUCUUCUUUCUCAGCACUGGUAACCCCGACCCUCCAAAGGCCUGCCCUGGUCCUUCCACCCUCCUUCCCACCUGGAAACUCAUCUAAACACCUGCCUUGUGCUGUACAAACCCCCAGCCCUCCCCAGCCUUCUGCCACCACUCACCCCUCCCGAGCCCCACCACAGCUGGCUGUGUCCCUGCCGGGCUCAGCUGGUCACUGUAUUUUCUUUCCCUCCCCAUCCCUUUGACCCCCUACUCCUGCUCUGAUAGCCCCACUCACUAAUCUCAUGCCUGAUGUUUGCCUCUGGGGCAAAGCCCAGAAAGAGGGACAGAAACGAGGCAGACAGGGGCACUCUCCCACACUGGUUUCUCAUCCCCAGGGAAGCCAGGCAGUCCAGGGAGAGGGUCACACUGCUGCAGCCUUGGCCUCAGGGGUCCCGUGGUCUGAGCCAUACCCCGGUGUGGACAAACAUCUUAACAAACACAGACCUUCCCAAUAAAAUGGCUCAGAUCCCA